UUGCCGCUUGAUCGUUUAUGAUGCACACUGGGGAAGACGGUGAAAGCAGGGGGGCCCCACGCACGUCGCUGUGUAUGGCUCUUAUUGCCGCGCCUUUGCGCGUUCCAGCGUGGGGGUCCGAUGGACCUUGCGCGGGAAGGGACGCCACCAGGAACAAGGACAUCAUUGCUUGAUUUAUCCCCACCCCGCCGGUCUGACAGGCUCCCGCCCGUCGCCAGCCCACGGGCACGCUCCUUGAGUCCCCGACCGGCCGAGGAGUCACCCGUCGCCACCCCGAAGGGGAAGAAAAAGAAGAAGAAGAAGAAACGUCGGGGCAGCAAAGACAGCAGCCACAGCUGCCCACCAGGUCCUGAGGAGGACACGCCCUCGGACUCCUCAAGCCCCACCUUCCGUGGUCGGAGUUGCAAGGCUUCGGGCGCGAUGUCCCGUACGCCCUGCAAGUGGGGCGCCGAGUGCUACCGGAAGAACCCCGAGCACAAGCGCCAGUAUAGUCACCCUGGUGACCCCGACCACCCCGAGACCGAAGCGCCCGAACCGCCCGCGCGAGCUGUCGUCUCAGAGCCUGAGUCUUCAGUGGCGCCGGAAGCAGUUUUAGAGGAUGGAGGACCUUGGAGUACCGAUCACCUGGACCGGCACGACUCGGUGGCCUCGGUGCCGCGCAGCUCCGCCUCGGCGCCGCUGAAGAGCGGCUCCGACCUGGACCUCCCGGGCGACGACGGAGGAGCAAGCUCUUCCAACGCCGCUGGUGUUGCCAGAAGCAGCUCCUGGCAUGGUUGGGUUGCCUCUUCUUUUCCGAGCAGCAGUCACCAUGAGGUGCUGAACAACGAUCUGGAGUCCGUGCACGAAGGCGAUGAAAAGAGGAGCGGAGGCAGCGGAAGCAGCGGAGGUGUGGCAGUAGAGGCCAAGCUCGACGUGGUGGAGGCGGUCUCCGUGGGUCGCGUGGGCCGCACCGCCACGCGCCCCGUGUGCCGCUACGGCGCCAGCUGCUACCGGCACGGCGUGGAGCACCGGGCAGAGUAUGCGCAUCCCGGCGACCCGGAUCAUCCGGAGACCACCACACCCAUCGGCGCAGUAGGGAGAGAGGUUCCAGCGUCCAAUGCAGAAGAGGAGUUCGAAGAGCUGGAAGAUGUCGAGGCGCCAAGGACUCCGGAAGCAGACGGUGAGCUCGAGGAGGAUGACCAAUCUGUGCCGGAGCGCCGCAACUCUGGGAUCGACUUCGCCUGCCCUCCCAAGAAUUGGAAGCAAUGCAAAUUUCAUUUGUGCUUAGCUUGCACAACAGUUGUGGCUGGCAGCCUCGUCAGUUUUACUAUUGUGCUCUUCUUGAGCAUGGUCACCCUGCGCGAAGACCAACAGUUGAUCGAGAAGACUUGGGACGGCGAGCGGAUCUCGGACGGCCCUGGCGUGUACAUCAGUUGGCCCGGCGGACGCCUGGGCGAGUACGUCAUCCGGGAAGUCGAUCGUUUGUCGCCCCUGGAGUACGCGGUGGUGAAGAACCGGCGGACGCAGGUGGUACGGCACCAGCUGGGGCCUGGGCUGCUCUUCAUGCGGGCCUUUGAGGACUUAGAGGAGAUUCUACCUUUGAAGAAGUUGCAGCUGACACAGUACCACCGGCUCAUCGAUGAACUGGUGGGCGAUGAGCGCAUCGUGCGCGGUCCCACAGCCUAUGCUCCAGAGCCUCUAGAGAAGAUUGCGCAACAGUGGUGUUGGAAAAGCCGCUCGUUGGUGCAGGACGAGGGCGAGAGUUUGGGUGAAGAUGCCAAUGUCGCCACGCUGGAGAACUGCAAGUUGAAGUGCGAAGGCCUCCAAGGCUGCCAGAGCUUCACCACAUGCCAGCAGCAAGGGACGACGACGUGCCACUACAAGGACAAGUGGACCAACGAGCAUUUUCCUGCAGCCACCACCUCGAGGACCUCGACGUCCACCACCACCACCACCUCCACCUCCACCUCCACCAGCUCCACGUCCACUUCAAGCACCUGGACCUCUGCUGUCAACGGGUCGAAUGCGACCAGCACGACGGCGAGCGCGAGUCCGGUCGAGGAUUCAUCGUCCAACGAAACAUCCACUCUCACUUCCACAGUGUUCAGCAACGCCACCACCACAACUAUGAUUGACCUUCCAGAGAACGUUUCUGAGAAUGUCUCCUCGUACAACACCUCGGACCGACGCCUGGCCGAAGCCUGGCGCAUCGAGGACUGCCAAACGGUCUUCAUGGAGCCGUGCUCGGAGGACCUUCCAGAGGAGGCCGUGAUGAUCAACGUCUUUUGGGGCAUGAUUGUGGAGAACAAAUCGUCAGGCCUCCUGCGCUUGGUGAAGACCCCGGGGCUUUUCUUCCCGGAGGCUUACGAGGUUUUGAGGGAGUGGCGUCCAGCCAAGCUCAUCGAUGAGCUCUCAUACGCUGCCAUCAAAGAUACCUUGACGGGCGAGAUCACGGUCCGCCCGGGGCCGACGCUGGUGAUGCUCGAGGCCUACGAGGAGCUACUCAUGAUCGGGAGCAAAGUCGUGAUCAAAAAGGACGAAUAUCUGCGGCUCAUCGACCAGCGCACGGGUCAUGAGCGAGUGGUCCUGGGCCCAGGCGCUGUCUCGCCCGGCUACGAGGAGGUGAUGCCAGAUGGCGUUCAGGCAGCUGCGAUGAUCGACGACCUCACGUCGGCCGUGUCCUUGGACCGGACCACCGGUCUCCGCAGUUUGCACGCCGCGCCGGUGUCCACGGGACUGCUGAUGCCCGCCGCGUAUGAGACUCUGCUCGAGGUUCGCCCCAGGAUUCGUGUCCUGGACCACCAGGCGGUCGUCUCCAAGACGGUGGCUGGACAGCUGACGGUGCACACGAGUUCCUUCUUCCUAGCGCCCUUUGACGAGAUCUUCGCAUUCCCGUGGUCUCUCUACCAGGACUACCAACCGGAGCCUGCGCCCAAAAUCAGCGCCACGAUCUUGGACCUUCGAGUGCAAAGGUUGCCGUGGCGCUUCCUGGCUCUGACGCAAGACAACGUCCGGCUCGAGCUCACAGGGAACACCUUCUGGCAGAUCAGCAAUGUGGUGACCAUGGCCACUGCCACCGAGGACGCCCCCGCCGACGUCGCCGCGCGGAGCCGGGCGGAGGUGCUGAGCCGAGUGGCCGAGGCCAAGUAUCGUGAUUUCAUGGCCUCUUUGUCCUCGAUUACGGCGGCGACCACUGCGCAUUCCAGCAGUGACAGCUUCUAUUCCCAACGAGGCCUCUCCGUGUCGCGGGUGGAGAUCAUUGGGUAUGAAGCUGUGGACGAGGGCGUUGCCGAGGUGCUCCGCAGCACGGUGGUCGAAGUCACUGCGCAGGUGAACCGGCUGAUCCAGGCGCAGACCUUGAUCGAUGUGAAUGCUUCCAAGAUGUCCGGGGAGAUCAGGUUGGAGAAGCUUCGGACGGCCUUUAUCACACACAAAGCCAACAAUGACUUGCUGCUGGCCAUGAAUGAAGGGGCCAAAGAGGGGACCAGGCUUGUGGAGGAGGCAAAGACCUUCUUGGACGGUUUGAACACCUCCAUCACCGAGGCCGUGAGCCGCGUGGAUUUGUACAGGCAAUACCACGAGCAGGAUGCCAUCAACGAGUUGACCAAGCUCUUCGCAGACGGCCCUUCGAAGUUUUACCUUCAUGCAAACGACACGGACCUCGUGUUGUCCAACUAUCGUACCGAGUUGUGAAGGACUCGGAGGUCCCCCCUGAGUCGUUGGUCUCACGGAAUUCGCGGAGCGCGGGGAGCAUCGGUGGUCCCGCGGGAGGGCGCCGGCGAAGGCCCGGGCAGUCGCUGG